AUGGUGCGGCCUCAAUCAACUCGCGCUCUCGCGCGACUUCAAAACACUGGCCAGAUCUACCAGAAGGGCACGUCUGCAGAUGCUCUGCUCAAGCGUCUCAAGGCUCUUCAAAAAGAGUUGUCAGAGAUGGAGCAGGAGCAGGUUGAUCUGAGCUCGCUCAAUCCCCUCUGCAAGCAGCUCAUCGCCAAUCCACUCGUGCACCACAAAGUCGAUGCCGUCAAAGGCUCGGCCGCUUGCUGUCUUGCAGACUUGCUCCGCUUGUACGCACCUCAAGCACCGUACACAGGCGCAGAACUGCGCGACAUCUUCGCAUUCUUUAUAGAUCGACUCACAUCUCCCAAAGGCGGCCUCAGCAAUCCAAGCAGUCCGCUGUACCCGGAUACAUUCUACUUACUGGAGAGCUUAAGCAACGUCAAAAGCAUUACGCUCGUUGCUGAUCUUCAUGGAGCGGACGAGAUGAUGACUGACCUCUUCCGAGGAUUCUUCGAGUUGAUCAAGCCAGAGACGACGAAGAACGUCGAGAUUUGUAUGGCGGACAUUCUCGUGCAGCUAAUCGACGAGUGUCUCAAUGUGCCGCAGGAGGUGCUGGAGAUCCUCAUUGCGUCGUUCCACUCGAAGGCUGAGAAAGCAAACCCUGCCGCUCACCAGCUGGCGGUCGAGAUUUGCGACGCCACCAAGGAUCGACUCCAGAAGCACGUGGCUCAGUACUUCAGCGAGAUUCUGGUUUCAGUUUCAGAGGAAGACGAUGUGCAGGACAAGGAGAAAUCUCUCAGAAACGCGCAUCUCCUAGUCGCGCAGAUCAACCGUGCAGUCCCAGCCCUUCUCUUGAACGUCAUCCCUGCACUCGAACAAGAGUUGCGGACCGACGAUACGACAGCGCGCAGCAUUGCGAUCAAGACGCUUGGUCAAAUGUUUGCCGAGACGACUGCGAAGACAGGCGGUGGCGGAGACCUAGCCCGCAAAUACGCAUCAACCUGGAGAGAAUGGCUUGCCCGCGCAAACGACAAGCAUCCGACGCUGCGCAUUGCUUGGACAGAGGCGGCUGGGCCGCUGUUCGCCAACCAUCCGGAGCUCCGUGUUGAUCUGCGCGUUGCUGCGCAGAACAAGCUCGCUGAUCCUGAUGAGCGUGUUCGAGCGUCCAUGGUCAAGGUGUUGGGGAGCACCGACUACGAAACUGCGUUACACCACGUCGAUCGCGAGAUUUGGCAAGAAAUCGGGAAUCGCUGUAGGGACAAGAAAGCCAGCGUCCGACAGCAUGCAUUCGACGCUUUGGGUCGCAUCUUUCGACUCGCGCGCGGAGAGCUAGAAUCCAGGGACCCGAGCGCGAUCAAGCAAUUCGGCUGGAUACCAAGCUGCGUGCUGAAAGCUAGCUUCGUGGGUGGUCGAGAGAUUGAUAGUCUGGUGGCAGGGACGCUGGAUCGUCACAUUCUUAGGUUGCCGGCGUCCGUUGGUGAUGCUGAGGAUGCAGAAAGGUGGACCAGCAGAUUGCUACUGGUCAUGUCCCACUUGGAGGAUGACCGCGCUCGCAAAGCGCUCAUUCGCCACUCCAACCUUAGAAAGGUACGCGAACCGUUCGUACAAUUCGUGAAGGCAUGCGAGGACUACAAUGCCGGUAUCAUCGACAACGACGAAGCGGCCAUUAAGCUGCGCAUGGCAACCAGUAUCAAGAAGAUUUCAUCACUCAUGGCCGACCCACCUCACGCCACCUCUGAUCUUCAUGCCUUCGCCAAAGCUAAUGAUAACCGGACUUACAGGCUUCUGCGCAGUCUCUUGGACGCUCAAAGCGAUCUCAAAACCCUUGUCAAGGUCCGCAGCGAGCUUACCUCACGGCUGAAAGACACACAGCCCGGUGUGACGGGAACGAUGGAUCAGCUCUUGCGAAUGUCGUGCCUCUUCUUGGUCAACAAAAGCACAGUACCGACGUUGUUAAAGCGUUUGGAACACAGUGGCUAUUCCAACACCGAGAGCCAGGUGGCUGCAGUCCAUGACGCAGACGAGACGAUGCGCACCACCGAGGCGAUGGAUGCGCGCCAGACAGAGGCGCAAGCUUGCCGCCGCGACUGCCAAUUUUUGCUUCGCGAGAUCUCCAAGGCUUGCCCGCGGCUUUACUCGACGCAUGUCCCUCUGCUUCUCAAAGCCCUGAACGUGCAAGGCUGCGACGCGCUGUUGACGGAAAGCCUUCGCGCCCUUGGAGCCCUCGCGCAUGUAGAGCCAGCAACUGUGGUGGCAGAUCGGAAAGUCGUUGAACGUGUUCUUCACUUGGUCCGCAGUGGCACUGUGCUGCAAUCAAAGUACGCUGCGCGUCUCCUGGCUGUGCUAGGAGCCAGUCCUUCAAAAUCCAAGCUUGACAAGUCGACAAUCUCAGUCGUCGACAGUAGGACCAGGUCGAUUGCCCACGCAAGCUUGGAGCAGUUGGCUGAAGAGCUCACCCGGCGCCUUGGGAAAAGUGUUGGAGAGCGUCUGGUCGCAGAUCUUGCCGCACUGGGUCAGAUCGUCAAGUACGCCAGCGAGACUGCUGCGGAUGUGGGCGACGCUAUCGUCAAGACCGUGCUUACCGGCAUUCUAAUGAAGCCGUGGGGCAAAGACAAAGUGGAGGAUGUCAAGGGCGAGGAUCAGCUCGAAGCAUGGGUCGAGGACGAGGAGAUGACAGCAGACUUGCGAGCUAAGUUGCUUGGCCUGGAUCUUCUGAUGAAGCGCUGCGUCGCUUUUGCGAACGCAGAAGGCGUCACUGAUGUGGCCAUGCCGGUGUUCAGACUUCUCUUCGCCACGCUUAUGGAAGGCGAGCCCCGUAAGCUGGGCGCUCCCCCUGCUGCGAAGAGUCGGAUGCGCUUGCAAGCAUCACUCUGCGUGCUCAAGAUGGCACGCGUGGAAGCCCUGGAAGCCUUCAUCAAGCGCGAGUUCACUGAGCUUGCGCUUGUCAUCCAGGACCCGUGCUUCCAGGUGCGCCAAACUUUCCUGCACAAGCUGCUGAAAUAUCUGCGCUUCAGACGACUUUCUCCUCGAUUCAACGCCAUACCCUUCUUGGUGGCUUUCGACCCAGAAAAGGAGAAUCAGGACAUGGUGGUCAAUUACGCUCAGAGCAUGUACCAGCCCAUGCCGCCCGAAUUGCGCGUCAAGCACUUUGAUGUCUCUUUCGUGCGAUUCCUGCACCUUCUCGCCCACCAUCCGGACUUCUCUCGAGAGCGUUUAGACGAAAUCGUGGACCUCGGAAAAUACAUCGACUUUUGGCUGGAUAGCCUCGGCACUUCGCAAAAUGUCAGCUUGCUCUACUACUUGUCUACUCGUCUCAAGGGUAUCCGCGACACCGAGAGUCCUGGGCACUCGGACAACCUGUACUGUCUCAGUGAGCUUGCUCAGCUUUAUAUCAAGCUGCGAGCCAACCGAGAGAAUUGGACGAUAUCCAGCUACCCGGGAAGGGUCAACUUGCCAUCGGACAUCUUUCGACCUCUUCCAAGUCGUGAGGUCCAAAAGGAGGUGUACGAACGCGUCUUUCUGCCAGACACGAUGGUCUCCGCCCUCACUGAGAAGUAUGCAUCGUCAGGAUCCAAGGUGAGCAACUGA